AUGUGCAACCUCCGACUGAUGGAAGCUCCACCACCUCAGCCCCUGGGCGCUCUUUCGAAGUUUCAAGGCGAUGCUUUGAAUGGGAUGGUGGCCGCUCCAUCUCGGCCAUCUAUCAAGAUGGCAGGCGGUGAACGACAGCUGGUGUCAUAUAAAGGGGGCUCCUCUCCCUCUUGCCCUUGUCGUAUUCUCCUGACCCCCUCCCCAUCCAUUGCCUUCUCGUCCCCGACGACCUAUCUCCACAGCGAGCGUCAGCGCCUUGACCUCGCACGGUGCUAUCUCAUCCUAGCCUACAAGGGAUGCUGGCUGGCCGAGAUCGUCGAUGGCGAGACACCCUUGCCUACCAACGACGUCUGCUGGGACGAGCUCUUCGGGUCCCAGGCAACCCUCACGCUGAGUGCCCCCCCUCCCCCCUCCCCUCAAGAUCCGCCCCGGGAUGCUCAGUCCAAGGAGAUCGUGAGGCUGCUGGAACUGGAGACGCCGUCCCGUGGCAGGCCCAAGGCACUCUGCAACAAGGAUAUCCAGCUAAUGGUCGUCCGCCUCCCGGAUAGUGACAAAGACAUUUUGACCAUGUCGAUCAAGUUCAGCCAUCACAAGGGCUCCGACAACAGGCCGAAGCCGUAUACCUAUCUUCUAUUUCACGCCGACCAAGCGGGUUAUCUUCUGCCUUGUCAGCUGAUGGUUAGCAUCGCCGUCCUCGACGACGCCUUCGACUCCCCGACUCCAACCAGCGUCAAAGCCGUCUAG